GUCAGCGUCCCGUCGCGCAUCCUCGUUCCACGUUUACGUGCGUCGUUUCUCGUCCUGGUGCUCGCUCGCUCGUUCGCUACUAUAUAUAUACAUAUAUACAUACAUCCCCGCUCGCGUACCACCUCGCGAACGAGUUCUCCCGCAAGUGCCACGUACGGCGCAUCGUAGUACGGCGAUGUCGUCCACGGUGAAGUACACGUCGGACGAGCAGCUGAGCGAGUCCUGGGUGGAGCUGGUGCCGGACCCGCCGCUGGCCGCCCGGAUAACGCCGACGCCGUUCAGCAUCACCGGCGAACGCGAAUACCUGCGACUUCUCAGGGAAGCACAGAGGGAUUCCACACAUUCGUCCGCGAGGCAUUCCCUGGCGUCCUCGCGCCGGGACACCCCGAGGGACAGCCCGAAGAGCCCGCCGAACAGCCCGAACACGGAACUCUCGACCGAAGAUGAGCUCAAAGGAGUCUACAUAAAUUACGGUUGGAAUAAGGAGGGCGAGCUUCUGGAGAAGAACACGGACUGGAUUUACGAGUGGAGCUCUCGACCGGACCAGGCACCUCCAAAAGACUGGAAGUUUAAACACCCCUUGGGCAAUAAGAGAAAAACGUACAGCAUCCGCACCGCGAAGGUUGGCAAGAACGGAUUGUUUUCCAAGGAGGUCAUUUACACUCUAUUCUUCACAAAUCUUUUGUCUCUGCUCAUUGGAACCGGACUAGGCGUUUUGCUCACCAGGCGGGGUUUGAUGAUGUCCCGCGUCGCCAUUGAAUGAAGGACACGAUUCCGGGUGUGUCAGCAUUAGGAUUGUCACGGUUGAAUCUGCGCUGAGAGGAAGGUUAGAAACGCAAGAAAGACUGAACAAGCCGGUGGGCGAUCGAGCCUAAAAAACAGUUACACGCAGCACAUAAUUCGAUUGUCCCGAUUUAUAAUAUUAGCACUUUGUAUUAUAUAUUAGCACUUUUACCUCCCUUUCCUCCCUCCCCUCCCCCUGUACCCCCGUCUAAACCCUUUACUGUGUACGGUGUACUUCUCAGAAAUCGCGUAUGCCAGAUAUAAAUAAUACGCAUCAUAUGCUUAGGAAAAGGGAAAGCUAAAGGAAAAGGCAGAAGAGGCAGAAGAGAGGAAUCUAUCAUAUAUAAACAUAGAGUUGUUGAAAGGGACAGGAAAAUGAACGAAACAUGUCCAUUUUAUACCGUUUCUAAUGCGUUUCUAUCUGCAAUAGUUUUUAGGCAUAGCUUGAAUAGUAUUUAUCAGAAAUUAAUUAUUGUUAGAACGGAAAGAAAGGAGGCGAGAUUGAGAGCGAGAGAGGAAAUGUGUGUGUGUGUGUGUGAGAGAGAGAGAGAGAGAAUGAGAGAGGGGGGAGAGUGAGAGAGAGAGAGAGAGAGGGAGAAAAGAAAGAAAGAAAGAAAGAAUGAUUGUUUAUUGUGUGGGCGUGUGUCGGUGAGGAAAGAUUAGCUUUUAUCGAUGGAAAAGGAUUAGAAUUUAUCGAUAAGAACAGGAAAGCGCUGCACAACUCGUCUUGUUUGUUACGAGUUAUAGGAAUCUAUUGUUGCAUUGCGGAGCGAGCGAGUUUUAACGUUGUGAUUCGUUACGAUAUAAGAAAAAGGAAACGUGCGUCGUGUUCAGUAAAUUCGAAACGGAAACGCGAUUAAAUAAUAAGGCAAUGUCAACCCGAUUAUACCCCUUUUUUUUUAAUUAUCGCGCGGCGAUUGUGAUGAUCGUCAUCUCGGCAGUGUGAUCUAUAAAACGGUAAUGACAGUAGAGUUCCUACGGAAGGAAGUAACGAUGCUGACGCCCACCGUCUCGAUGCCGAUUACGGGCGAUAACCGGAAGGAGGGACCACAAGUGCGAGCGGACUUGUUUUGCGAACGUGAAAAAAUUUUUUUUUCUGUGGGGCGGCGCUUUUGUAUGACGUCUUAUUAAUCUGCGGUUUUUGUAAUUUCCUUAUAAUAAAUUCACAUACGAAUUCACACGCAAACAAAAUGUGUUUUGUCGUCUACGUCUUCGAUUUAAAACGUGACCAUCGAGUACGAUGCGUUUUCCGUACGUUAGGAAGCGAACGGUCAAAUUUAUAUAUUCCAUUUACGAACAGAUUGCAAGAAUCGAUUUUGAUAUCGAUUUUAAUAAAAAAAAUUUAUAAAAUUUUUAAAGUUUUUUUUUUUUAAUAAAGAGUAACUUCAAAAGAUGAAUCACUAUUCAUCGAAAUCUUUAAAUUUGAAGCUGAUAACUUUUUUUUCGUCGACAGAUAGACUUAAUGCUUGGUGAUUACUGGCUAUAUCUGUGACCAUAUGUUGCAGAAACGAUAUUUUUUAUCUUGCGUGUGCUUCGAGAAGACUCGAAUUCGUGUGUAAAAACGUAUUUGCGAAUGUGUGGUACGUACGCUACUUUUUUGUCCAGCGAUAGGAAUUUGACUCUUGUGAAGCGCUCUCACGCUCACGAUUUUGUACUUUACGAGGGAGAAGAUCGAGCGAUCUAGAAAUUACUAGUUUAUCAGAAAUAUGCACAAGCGACAUCGCGACAUAAUUAAUCUUUUGAGUUUCGAGUUUAGAAAUGAAUAUCAAUUGAAUGUGACAGAUAUUAAAAAGAAAAGCCGUGUUAGUGAUUUAGAUAAGCCAUAUUCGUACGUUUUAGGUAAAAUUAAAUGCACGGUAGAAACUAUGGAUGAAUCUUUCGUUAUUCGAAAAAUCAACAGCACGACCCUCCUCCCCCUCCCCUCCUCCACCUUCCCGCCGAUUUUACGUGGAUCAAUAAAUUUUCUUUCUGUAUUCUUAGUUAAGUCGCGUUAUUUAAUUUACAGUGAUGAUGUUCGACGUACUUUUUCAUAAGCAAUUAUUUUGUAAUUCUUGUAUGUAUGUCAUACGCAUAAUAAUAAUCGUAUUAUGUACGUAGUAGUGACGUUGGUGACUUCUUAUAAGCGUCGUUGGGCACUCGAUUCUUCUUUCGAUCGACAUCCUUUCGAAAAGUUUGCCGUUGCCCUUUGCUAAAACUGAAAUUUUAAUUAUGGGUGAUUUAUACGCAACGCUACGAAAAAUAAAGGGUUUUAUAAAUUCA